AUGGUGAAACGCACCUCGGAAGAGUUGCACACAGACUCCACGAUGGGUGUUGAUGGUCAGGAGGAAGACUCGCAUCCCGUGAAGAGGAGUGGAUCCCCAGCCUCAACUGCGAUUUCUUCGCCAGAGAUGGGACCAACCCCGGAGGAUCGGGAUCAUGCUCAUCACUCGAACCUGUGGCGGUUGCCAGUCAAGGAGCUCAAGGCCCGCCUCGAAGCACUGGGGGCUGACCUGAAGGGCGUCACCGAAAAGACAGAGCUGGUGAAUCUGCUGGAACAGCCUUUGGGCUGCAUCAUGCUGCAUGAGCUGUUCGUUUGGGGAGGCGCUCUCGAGUGA